UUUUAUCUCUUAAAUGCCCUUUAUAUCACACAAAAAAAACCUUCUUUCUCUCUCCUCAACUUUCUAAACCUCUAUCAUUUCCUUGCCUCUAUCUAUCCAAAACCAAACCAAACCCAAACACCCUUUUAUCACAAACGUUUCAAUUUAUUUAUGAUAAACAAUUCAAAUUCAUUUCCACUUCUAUCAAACAAAGAAGAAAAAAAUGCUUCAAUUGUUCUUCACGGUUGCUUUCUCUGUUGUUCCAUUGACCCUCUAUAUUCCACCAAUCAGAAGCUUGAAUCUCUUCGUAGAAACCAUGGAAUCUGUUAUGAGAGAAUCAACAACAUAUAGCAACAGAAUUUAUCCUCGUUUAAGGAUAGCUUGGUCUAGGAUGUUGAAUUGCUUGCUAUGCAACAACACAAGGUAGAUUUAUUUCAUCAUGUUUUCAAUAUAUUAUCAAAAACACUUACCUUUGUUACCAAACAAUAAUACUAUAUUUUUUUUGUGUUUUUUUUAUUAGAGUUAGAUUGUUGUUAUGAUGAGGUUGUUUUGUUGUUGUAAUUUUCUGUAUUUUGUGUUGAUCGAUCUUUGAGAUGAUUUGUUUAGGAUUUCUCUUUAAGAACCAUAUGUAAUUAACUUUGAAUAAAAUAAUAAAAUUUUAUAUGGUUCAUUCA